UGCGGAAGUCCUUGUCAAACAAACGUGCAUGCAGUGACGCUCGGCGGUUCUCUGGAAUAUUCUGGCCAGUGAUAUUUGUGUCCUUUUCUGCGCGUCUGAACAGUUUUAUACACCGAAGAUACAAAGCUUAAGAUGUCUCUUAUUUCCGAGGAAGAUGUCCGCGGAGGAGGGAGCGUUUUCAGGGACAUUAAUGCGGACGAAGACUGGCAGCCCACAGAGAUCGAAAGCCUGUGUAUGAACUGCUACCAGAACGGUACGACACGCAUGCUUCUGACUAAAAUUCCGUUCUUCAAAGAAAUCAUCGUCAGCUCCUUCAGCUGCGCGAACUGCGGCUGGUCGAACACGGAGAUCCAGUCGGCGGGCCGGAUUCAGGACCAGGGCGUUUGUUACUCGCUGAAAGUCAAAACGAAACAGGACCUGAACCGGGAGGUCGUGAAAGCGGACAGCGCGACCGCCAAGAUCCCCGAGCUGGAUUUCGAAAUCCCCGCUUUCACCCAGAAAGGCUCGCUGUCUACCAUCGAGGGGCUUUUGGACCGAGCGGUCGCGGGUCUGGAGCAGGACCAGCCCGGCAGGAGGGCGGCGGACCCCGAGGUGGCGGACCGGAUAGAGGAGUUCAUCCAGAAACUGAAGAAGCUCAAAGAGGUCGAGGAAGAAUUCACGCUGGUGAUCGAGGACCCGUCUGGGAACAGUUUUGUGGAGAACCCCGUGGCCCCUCAAAGGGACGAGGCUCUCACGGUGACCCGGUUCAAGAGGACGGUCCAGCAGGAUAAGCAGCUGGGGAUACGGCCUGAUGAUGAUGAUGAGGAGGAUGACCUGAGUGAAGACCCAGCUGGUAACGACCUGGAGACCAUGAGGCAGGAGGUGCUGGUCUUCCCCACAAACUGCCCCGAGUGCAACGCCCCAGCCUCCACCAACAUGAAGCUGGUCCGGAUCCCCCACUUCAAGGAGGUGGUCAUCAUGGCCACCAACUGCGACAGCUGCGGCCACCGGACCAACGAGGUGAAGUCAGGCGGAGCCACCGAGGAGCUCGGCACCAGGAUCACCCUCCACGUCACCGGGCCCUCGGACAUGACCCGGGACCUGCUCAAGUCCGAGACCUGCUCCGUCCUCAUCCCCGAGCUGGACUUCGAGCUGGGCAUGGCCGCGCUCUGCGGGAAGUUCACCACCGUGGAGGGCCUCCUGAAAGACAUCAAGGACCUGACCGUGUCCAAAAACCCCUUUGUCUGCGGGGACAGCAGCACCCCGGACCGGGUGGAGAAGCUGAGCGAGUUCGGCAAGAAGAUCGACAGGAUCAUCGCGGGAGAACUGGACGCGCACCUCGUCCUAGACGAUCCGGCCGGGAACAGCUUCGUGCAGAACGUUUACGCCCCAGAUCCAGAUCCCGAGAUGACCGUGGAGAAGUACACCCGCUCCUUUGAGCAGAACGAAGAACUGGGCCUGAACGACAUGAAGACUGAGAACUAUCAGGAGGAGAACUGAACUGAACUGAACUGAAAUGACCAAACCAGUGGAGAUUUGGACCCAGUGUUACGUUGAUCCAUAUUUUCACUUUAAACAUGUUUUAAGUUAAAACUGGGUGAUUAGUUGCUUCAAAAAGCUUGAUCAUUAAGCAGUAAAAUAAUUUUAAGUUGUCAGUGUGUUGUAAAACAUGUCAAGAGAGAAACCUGAUUUGUAUAUUUACAUGGAAGCUGUGGUUAAUAAAGAGAAACCUGUGCA